UUACCCGUUUUGGCCGUCUCGUCCCGUUUCCCCUCCGCCGCUCACCUCUCUCCAAAACCCAGGCCAUCGUCACGGGAAGAGGAGGGGGCUCGAGCGAUCCGGCCGCCACAUGGUUAUUCCGGGCGCCGGCGCCGAGCCGCGCCGCCCGCGUAGCGCGCGGUACGCCGAGAAGGGGUACCCCAACUACGCGGAGCACGACCAGUGCCCCGCGCCUCGCUGGAGAAGUGGCGUUACUGGCGGCCGGGCGAACAAGCCGGAGGCCCGACGCGGCAGGAAGAGGGGGCUCGGGGAUGCUGCCGCCGAGGAUGUGGUGGUGGCGGAGGGCAAGGCUCCGCCGCCGAUCCUGCAGCGCGAGGAGGAAGCGGCGCAGGAUCAAGGGAGGAAGCGGCGCAUGACGGACGCCGCGGCGAGCGUGGCGGCAGCGGGAAAGGUGUUUCCUCUGAUCGCGGACGAAGGCGAUGAGGAGGUGGAGGUGUCAGCCACGGAAGGCGGGGGCGACGAGCGUGGCGCUGCUGGAGUCUGCAGCAAGAACCCGAGGCUGCGGGUGAUGAAGACGCUGCGGGCGUUCAGCACCAAUUAUCUUCAUUUUGUUCAGGAGGAGCAGCGCAGAGCAGAGUCUGUAAGGCAAGAGCUCAAGGCGUGCAGGACCCUUAAACGACAGAUGCCUGUUAAAUAUGGGAAAACCAAGUCUCUAGCUAAGCAACAUGUCAAAGGAGGUCCAAGUGGAAGUACUAGAGGCCGUAAACCGAAGAAUCGUAACAACCAACACAAUGGAGGCUACCAGGAAGCAAAACAGCCAUCAAAGCGACCUGAUCUUAAGGCACUAACAAAGAUGCGAAAAGAUGGUGCCAUACUUUAUCAAGAUAAAAGGAUAGGGCAUCUUCCUGGGACUGAAGUUGGGGAUCAAUUCUACUCACGUGCUGAGAUGGUUGCCCUAGGCAUUCAUAGCCAUUGGAUGAAGGGUAUAGAUUAUAUGGGUAUGGAAUACCGAGAUAAGAAAGGGUGCGAGAACUUCACGUUCCCACUUGCUAUCUGCAUUGUGAUGUCGGGGGCAUAUGAAGAUGAUGUUGAUAACGCAGACGAAAUUAUAUACACUGGCCAAGGUGGGAACAAUUGGCUUGGCAACCGUCGCCAGAAAGCUGAGCAAACAUUGCUCCGUGGAAACUUGGCAUUGAAGAACAGCAAGGACAAUGGGAAUCCUGUACGAGUUAUUCGUGGACAUAUAGAAAAGAACAGCUAUUCUGGAAAAAUUUACACCUAUGAUGGCUUGUAUAAGGUUGUGGACUACUGUCAAGAAAAAGGAGUGCAAGGACAUUUGGUUUACAAAUAUAGAUUGAAACGGCUUGAAGGCCAACCACCUUUGACAACUUCUCAGGUACUGUUUGCCCACGGAGAUGUUCCCAUGACAAUAUCUGAAUUGCCUGGGUUGGUUUGUGAAGACAUUUCAAAUGGUCAGGAGAACUUUCGAAUUCCAGCUACAAAUUUAGUUGAUAAUCCUCCUAUCCCUCCUUCUGGUUUUGUGUACUCUAAGUUGCUGCAGAUUCCAAAUGAUAUCGAGAUACCGAUUGAUAGUACCGGUUGUGAUUGCAGUGAAGAUUGUUCUAGCUCUAAAAAUUGCUCGUGUGCUGAGCGCAAUGGUUCUGAUCUACCUUAUGUAUCCACGCAAAGGAAAAGUUCUAAGCACAAUGGUUCUAAACAUAAUAGUAUUGGAAGGUUAGUGGAGCCAAAGGCUGUUGUGUAUGAGUGUGGUACUAAUUGUAAGUGCCACUGCAACUGUGUUAAUAGAACCUCCCAGCAGGGAUUGAAGUAUCGCCUGGAGGUAUUCAAGACAAAAUCAAAAGGUUGGGGUGUUAGGACCUGGGACACUAUUCUUCCUGGGGCCUUAAUUUGUGAGUACACUGGGGUAUUAAGGAGGACUACAGAAGUCGAAGGAUUGUUGGAGAACAACUACAUAUUUGAUAUAGAUUGUCUUGAAACAAUGGAAGGGCUGGAUGGAAGAGAGCAAAGGGCUGGCUCAGAACUGCACAUGGCAUCACUUCAUUCUGAGCAUGACGCGGAGAUGGCAUCUCGAACACCUGAAUACUGCAUUGAUGCUGGGUCUGUUGGCAACGUUGCAAGGUUCAUAAAUCACAGUUGCCAACCCAAUCUUUUCAUCCAGUGUGUGUUGAGCUCACAUAGCAACAUCAAGCUUGCCAAAGUUAUGCUUUUUGCUGCUGAUACCAUACCCCCGCUUCAGGAGCUCUCGUAUGACUACGGGUAUCGGCUGGACAGUGUCACUGGGGCAGAUGGCAAUAUCGUGAAGCUGGCUUGCCACUGCGGUGCAUCUAAUUGCCGCAAACGGCUUUACUAGAUUCUCCAGCCAUGUUGUAUGAUUAAACUCAGACACCAUACUCCAUUAUGCCGUCCUUUUGGAUUAUACUUCUUCAGGGAUGCUUCGUAAGAGAGUGAUAUGCUCAUUGUGCGGCAUAGUAGAAGUAAACCUGAUGAAACUUCUCAAUGCAUGCCCUGGGUAGUUGAAUAUUCCAUCCAUUGGAAUUCCAUCUCGAUGAGGCACUCUUGCUAACAUGUGGGUCUUCAUUGAUGAGGCAUUGUUUAGAUCCAAUUUUUUUUAAAUUUUUUUUGAUACGGUAGCAUUUUCGUUUA